AUGGGGCAGCACCAGUCCGCCGGCUGUCUUCCAUUCCUGGGGUCUCGGUCUCGUGGCGGGAAUCCACACAGCAGCCACAACGAUCAGGUAGGCAGCCGGCGCCGACGGUCUGGUCUCCAGACGGGCUGUGCGCUGACCAUCGGACGCCAGCACGACAGCCUGUUCUCGUGUAUAAGCACUGAAUUCUUUUACAGCGUCACUUCCUGUCUCUUCCUGGAUGAACUUCCCCGCCUGUGUCAAGUGUGCAAGCGUUUCAAGGAACUGGUGCGCGAUGGUGCAUGCGUGGAGUACUCUCGCGGACUCAGACUGACAGACCGGUUAGUUCAGUAUGCGCACGCGGUGAAUUUGGAACGCCGGGACCUUCUGACAGAGGCAGGAGGCACGGGGAGGGCAGUGUCCUCGAUCAACUAUGGGGGGAGCACAGGUGCGCUGAAAACGUCGGAGGCGUCCCAAGGAACGAGACGAGCAGGCAGCACGGGAUCGGGGGCUGCCAACCUAGCUGCUGGUGGAGAAGUCGCAGAGGCGAUCCGGGGCGGCCACGUCACGUCUUCAUUUGGUGGCGGCUCUCCAGGCGGUUUUGUUCACAGUGCUGAAGAAGCAAAGGCUCCAGGAUCGCCGCAGUCCGUAGCCGUGAGUGCUGCAGGUCACCCGGCUGUAAACAGCACACAGGGGGAAAGCCUCGAGCACAGGCAGUUCCCAGCAGAAGAAUACGUAGCCCGUCCCCCCCUGCUCAAUGCCUUUUCUGCACGGAGUUUCGCUUUAGACAGACGCACACCUAUCAUGGAAGAGCUCCUCGUCCAACUCCUGUCAACAGCCCCCCGCAUGCGAGUUCUUGUCAUUGACUGUCAAGAAAGGACUCCCUUGACGCCUUUGCUCAAGGAAGUGCUUACGCAGCAGUGCCGUUCCAUAGAGAUAUGCGAUAUCUACAACAGUGAGGGAGAUGUACAUAGCAUCGUCGGUGAGGUUUUGCCCCAGGCGCGGCGACUGACAGAGUUGUCCAUUUUCGGUAUGCUGGGGUGGACAGAUCAGGAAAUGAUCCAGCUCUGUGCCUGCGUGUUCAGUGUUCACCCAAGUCGACUCUCAUUCAUCAACGUUUGUUUUGACUCCGCCAUCCUCAUCAAGGGUGCAGAGCUCGCGGAAGCGAGUUUGCAGACCCUGCUGCUACGAAAUGCCGCCGUCACAGCGUUUUCAUCAGUUCGGCACAUUCGGUUCAUGCCGAAAGGCAUUUUCUUUCAAGGCCGGCCGUUGGACAUCCUUGCAGAACUGAACCAGUUAUGCGAGUUUUUUCCAAACUGCCACAUGUCCCUCGAGGGAAUAGUGGUGUUCGAGGGCCCACAGCAACCUCACCCAACGAGAGGUUCUUCAACAGUGUCUACCGUCUAUGACGAUGAGGCGUUACUUGAUGCCAUGUUCGAGCCGUCGGAAUCCACCCCUGGCGGCCUCGUCGACGCGCCCUUACUGAUAUUCCACGUGAGGCGUUUGGCCGCCUGCGACUUCAUUGCAAAUGGAUUAUCUGAGGACACGUGCUGCCAAUUUUCUUCGACACAGAGAAUAGUUGUGAGGCAGUAUGAAGAGCUCCUGGGUCUUCACGCGCCCGUUUUGCCAUCCAUAGGCGUCGUGGCACCUCUAGCGUGGCUAGGCAGCAAUGCAGGGGCUGCAUUCGGCAAGCGGGUGCAGGCAGUUGUUGAUCGCCUCGAGGAUUUUGUGAUCGUGCUUCCCAUCGACUUCUCUAGCGCCUUGGAAAUAGACUGCGCGGACUAUGUUGGGAUUCUUCGUGAAAGCCAGAGUAAAAUCAGGGGCAUUGAAAUCAGAGAGGUAUCGGCAGGGACGCCGGACCUCACCACACCGUCCAUGAUGGAAUUAAUGAUCUCAAACGUGUUCCCCGGUAAGCCCGAAGCGCUCCGAAUCGUGCGAAUCACGAGCCGUGCGCCGCCGGAUAUUCACCAGCACUUCAUUGCGGUAGUUGUGGAGCUUGCCAGACACAACCCAGGGCUUCGUGUGGUGGAGAUCUCUUUUGCUGCAGUGCGCAUGGAGGCGGAAACUCAUCCCUCGACACGACGUUUUUCCAUGGGCCUUGAGGUCCUUAGAGCAGCACUAGCAAAGGAGGGAUUCUCUUAUCGCGGAAUCACGGCCGUCCGCCGCAAUGUACUGCUGUUCCUCCGCGAACCGGGUGCGCAACGGCGUACAAACUUUAAGAAUUUAUAG